AUGGCCCCAGCUGCGACCUCAGAUAUUGCAUUCGGCUCUGCCUCAGCAGACAAGAAGUCUUUCCCAGUGCCGUUGAAGCUGAGCGGUGCCCUCGAGAAGUUCACUGUUGAAGACGCGACGCCAGCCAUAGGCCGCGAAUUUGUCAAUGUCAACAUCGUUGACGAUCUGCUCAAUGCUCCCAACUCAGAUCAGCUUCUGCGAGAUGUGGCAAUCACAAUCUCCCAGCGUGGCGUGGUCUUUUUCCGUUCUCAGGACAACCUGACCGACGACCUCCAAAAGGAGUUUGUGGACAGGCUGGGCCAACUCGUUGGGAAGCCAUCGUCUUCAACCUUGCACAUCCAUCCAGUACUCAACAGCACAUCGGAGUUCGGAGUUGGCGAUAACGCGGUCAGCCAUAUUUCUAGUUUGGCACGGAAGAAAAUGUUCCGCCACAAGGAGCAACCCAACAAGCGCCGCUACGAUGCCGCACAGUGGCAUUCUGAUAUACAAUUUGAACCAUAUCCGGCAGACUACACAUCACUCCGUCUUACCGAGCUUCCGAAGACUGGCGGUGACACCCUUUGGGCUUCCGGCUAUGAGAUCUACGACCAAUUCUCCAAGAAGUACCAGCAGUUCUUUGAGGGCCUUACAGCUACCUUCAGCGGCGAGGGCUUCCUCCGCGCAGCUGCGGCAGACCCGGAGAACGUCAAGAUCUACACCGAGCCCAGGGGCUCCCCUCACAACAUCGGAAGCGACUUGAUCGCCGUUCACCCAGUGGUGCGGACAAACCCUGUAACCGGCUGGAAAAGUAUCUUUGCUUUAGGGCCCUUCCCCAAGAGGAUCAAUGAGCUUACCCAGGAGGAAUCGGAUGAGCUUCUGCGCAAGUUUGAGAGGGUCCUCCUGGACCACCACGAAUUUCAGGUUAGAUUCAAGUGGAGGAACCCCAACGACAUUGCCAUCUGGGACAACCGUAGCGUCUUCCACACCGCCACCAAUGACUAUGAUGGCCUGGGCGAGAGGUUCGGGCAUAGGACUGUGGGCAUUGGCGAGAAGCCUUACCUUGAUCCGAACAGCCGAUCAAGAACAGAGGAGUUGCAAGGUGUUGACACUGAGGAGGCUUAA